AUGUCGAUCCCCGUGCACGAUUCCUUCACUGGUACUCUCUCUCUCUCUCUCUCGCGCGCGCGCGCGCUCGCUCGCUCGCCCGCUGAACGCGCAGAUUUAUAUCGGCAGAUGAUCCGGCGAGCGAUGGCGAAUCCGACGCGAGUUCGGAAGCUCCCGCCAACGAUUCAGACUACCGGCUGAUCUCCUCCGGAAUCGAUCCCGACGACGACGAUGGCAGUGGAGAUCUCGUGGCCGUACACUCGAAUGGGGGCGGCCCGGUCCACCUCUCCCCUCCUCCGAGCCCUAGUUUCCUGCAUCACCGCGGAGAAAUCGCCGCCAUCUCCCGCUUGCAUCUGAACGGAGGCGGAUUGGAGGUGGGAGGAGCCCGCGAGGAGGACGAGGACGAGGAGGAGAGGGAGAGGGAGAGGGAGGCGUCCAUAACCAGAGCAUUCAGCGAGGACGAGAGGCGGAGGACGGCUCCACUUUCGCAGGAGAACGCCGCAAUGAUCAGGGACGCCAUGAGAGGGGUGGCCUUCCCCGGGUUCCCCCCCAACUGGGCGGACCAGGUUCCCGAGGACCACUGGGUCGAUCAGCUUCGGAGGCUCAGAACGGGCGACCCCGCUCCAGCUUCCCACAGCUGA